ACGACGUAAGCGAUCAGCGACAAAAAUCGCGUCGAGCCCAGUACGGCCGGAGGAAUGACAAAACAUGACAGCGAACGGACGUCGCUGAUUGGUGGGGACGGGCAUGAAAAAAGACGAUCGCGGUCUCUAUUGUCUACGGACUUCUUCCGUCGCUGACCAGAGAGGAUGUGUACUGUCGGUUCUAUGUUGACAUGAGGACGUCCGUCGCGUAUUCUGUGAUCUUUGUCGCGAUUCUAUGAUCUGAGAGGUCGGGGGGUACGUUGUGACGCGCGUUUUUUUGCUUUUUCGAAGGGACAAUGAGAUCUAAAUCGAUUGCUAGAAGAUUGACGUCUCAAGAAGGAAGUGAAGAUGAGGUAGAAGUAACAGCCAGAAUCACCCACCACGAAGAUCAACCUAUGGAAAAAGCCAUGGUUCCUCCUCAACUGGAAGCCUCUUCCGACUUCAUAAGAAGGGUGGAGUACCUCAACAACAACAUCAAGAACUUCGAGGACGCUUGCGCAAUAAACAAUUAUAGACUAGCUGCGAAAACUGUGGACAACAUUAAAGAUAGGACGAACAGUGUUUAUAAGUACUUAAGUGAGGAGAAACCAUUUGGCGAACACCCCCAAAACGGCAUUAACAUGGACUUGAUGUAUCUGAGAGCUAGGGAGGUGGUGCUUGCCAGUGGUGUGCUACCAAGCGAGCUAGAGCUGAGGGAGAAGGGAGUCUAUGCCAGGGUGAUCAUAGGAAAAGGUACCAGGUAUGGACCUUUCCAGGGAAAAUGGGCUGGGUGUCCUCAAGAUGCUAGGUUUGCUUGGGAGGUGGUCGCUGGUUCAGGCGUAAGAGGCUGGCUAGAUGGCUCCUUGGAGCAUCAAAAUUGGCUCAAAAUGAUCAGUCACUCUUCAGACAGGUCGAAUUUCAACGUCAGAUACUACCUUCAGAGUGGUCAGUUAUGGUAUGAAACAUGCAUGGAAAUACAAACUGGUACAGAGCUGGUCCUUGGACCAAGAGAACCUCUCAACCUCCAAGACAUGUUUGGAGAUUCCACCUCAGCGGACGAAAAAUCAGACAGGGAAACAGCUUCGCAACAUAGUGGUACUGUUGAUGAUCGCGAAGAAGAUGACGAAGAUGAGUCUGAAGUGAGGUGCUGUGUAUGUGAGCAACCUUUCACCGAAGUUGAUAACUUAGACGAACAUCUUGUAGUAAAACACAAUUACCGAAAAAACGAAUUCAAGUGUGACUACUGCCCUAAAGCUUACAGCCAUAGACCAUGCCUCAUCAAGCAUAAAGCUGUUGUACAUGGUGAACAUAGAAAAUACCAUUGUGAAAACUGCCCUAAGGUUUUUACCGAUCCCAGCAAUUUGCAGAGGCAUAUAAGGACGCAUCACGUUGGCGCUCGAUCUCACGCCUGUCCUGAAUGCGGGAAGACAUUUGCAACAUCUUCUGGAUUGAAGCAACAUACCCACAUCCAUUCUUCCGUGAAGCCGUUCCAGUGUGAAGUCUGCUUUAAGGCCUACACCCAAUUCUCGAACCUCUGUCGACACAAACGUAUGCACGCAGACUGCCGCAUGCAGAUUAAGUGCAUCAAGUGUGGCCAAUCAUUCUCCACAGUGACCUCCCUCUCCAAACACAAGCGAUUCUGCGAUUCAAGCACCCCAGCAUCAACUCUUGGAGCCCCACCGCCACUCUCCUUAAACUCGAUGGCCAGCAACAACCCCUUCUCCCUAUACAGGCCAACCUGCCAUAUGCCCUUCUUUCCACCUCAUUUCCCCUCCUAUCAUCAGAUUUUCCACUCUUCUGGACCACCUUCAGGAUUUAUCAACCCCUUGCUCUUCAACCAAUUGCCCAAAUUGAGGACAGAUGAGUUGCCCGAGCUGCCUUCCCCUAAAAAGAUCAGAUCCUUGAGCUCCGACAGGAAUUCACCGUGUUCCGAAAGGAUAACUCCUCCAAGAGUGCCCUCGGCUAACCUUAAAGUCAGUCCACCAACCGCUGAAGAAGCUCAUUUGGCUCCAUCACCUGCAAAGCCAACACCUGCACCUCAAGUGAAAACAGAAAAAGUUGAACUACGUUCCAGUACUCCUGAACAUAAUAGUUAUCCUACAGACCUUUCCAAGGGCUGUGAAGAACGAGGACUCAAAAGAUCAACACCUACUACCAGUGAAGACGGCGAACAACCUCUGGAUCUCAGUAUGACAUGGAAGAAGACCAAGUGUGAAAUCGAAACCAAUCUGUCGCCUUCUCCAAGAUCAGAGCGAGCCAGUGAAGUAUCAACACCACCUAAACCAGUCGAGGAGAAGAUAGACGUGAUAAGCCUAGAUGAAGAGAAAAGAUCGAUGGAGAAACUCCAAACCACACCACCAAUGGCUUAUCCGAGACCAAUUCAUCCAAUGCUGCUUGAUAUGUACAGACCUAGUUUCGCAAAUUUCUCACCUUCCCCCACCAACGAAAGAUUGUUGCCACCUCCAUUUGGUCCCCAUAGGUUUCCUUUCUUGAAUAAUCUUCAACCACAAAGAAACUUCGACCUACUCAGGCCUGGUCUACAGAAUUUUGGUGGUGUGAAACCUUUCCAUGACGUGAUGCAGCAACAGACUCAGGGAAAGAUCAAAGAUAGGUACGCUUGCAAGUUUUGUGGUAAGGUGUUCCCAAGAUCGGCUAAUCUUACCAGACAUUUGAGGACGCAUACUGGUGAACAACCUUACAAAUGUAGAUACUGCGAAAGGUCUUUCAGUAUAUCAAGCAACUUACAGAGGCAUGUAAGGAAUAUUCACAACAAAGAGAAGCCUUUCAAAUGCCCUUUAUGUGAAAGGUGCUUCGGACAACAAACCAAUUUGGACAGGCAUUUGAAGAAACAUGAGGCUGAUGAUGGCAGUGGAGGUGUUGUGGUAGCAGACUCACCUGGUAGCAGUAACGAGAACGAGAGAGAAGAUGCUUACUUUGAUGAAAUUCGUAGCUUUAUGGGAAAAGUCACUUAUACAGGCAACGAAAGUUACAAUCAAACCAGACUAUUUUCGCCACCUUCCCACAACAUCAUUGAUGUUGUUGGCAAAGAUGAAGAUGACUCCGAAAGUUAUUCCGACGGUACACCCCCUGAAGAUUACACUGAUUUAAAAACAGACGAUUACGACAUAAAGAUGAAAACUGAAAGAGAUGAAAUUAUAAACAACAACGAACAACCCAUAGAAUUAACAACAUAAUCUCUCAAUUACGAAUUGUACAUAUUGAAAUAGAAAGGAUUGUCGAGAAAAUAUGCAAUAAUUAAGUGUACACAUAAUUUCGGUUAAACAUAAAUGUAUUUGUUGCUCCAAUGAACAUUCCUUUGAUGUAAACGAACUAUAUUUGUAAAUAUCGCCUAAGUAUUUCUUAGUUAAUUUUCAAGUUCCUACACUAUAUUCGAAGUAAUUUACUAUUAUAUUAAAAACUUUAAACUCCUUCUACACAUUCUUUAAUUGUAAGCCGUUUUUGAAGCACUUGAUUUAAAGUACAUAUCUUAUAACUGGAGUAUCCAAGAUAUUGUUAAGUAACUCGAAGUUGAAAUUCUUUGGGAAUUUGUAAUAUAAGACUAUAAGUUGUAAAUACAUGACGCGAGAUGCCAGUAGUUAUUUCCUGUAAGAGACUAAUUUGUAAAUAUAUUUGUGAGAUCUGUAUUAUAUAUGCAUUGAUGUAGUAGUUUUAUCGUGAAGGCUAUGCUACUAUUAAAUACUCUUAUUUGACAACGAGUUCUUUUGCAUGAUUCAAUUGUUGAAUUAUGUUCAUGAUAUUCAUUUGUCUUGGAGUUUUAUUUAUAAUUCAAAAAAACCAAAGCUAUUUAUCUAUUUUGUUCGUAUAUUUCGAAAUUGUUUAUUUUAUUUUUUCAACGUACUAGCCAAUAAUUGUUAUAUACAUAUAUGAAGAUAAGAAUUUACAUUCACUUAUAUCGAUUAUAACUCAUUACUAUAGGAUAUCACUGAUUGUGACGAUCAAUAAAUUUAUUACAAUUA